AAAAAGUAUAGGCUAGUGACAUGAAGCAAAAACAGAUUCGUUCUUCUCGACUUUGUUUAUUCCGCCACUGAAUAAUUUUUCUAAAUAUGGUAGUUCGGAAAUAUCUCUAUAUCAACUUUUUGAUUUUGAUGGAGUUAUCGUACUUUCACGAAAACUGAGAAGAUCGACCAGAUAGGAAGCAAGUUAUCGAGUGAUUUUUUUUCUUCAACUUGAAGCAACACUUGAGUUUUAGUACGCGCGUAUUCUCCGAUAAGUUCGGCUGGUAAUAAUGAGUAAAUUCACCAGAAGGCAGUGGUUGACGCUGAUUGUUAUAAGUAUCGCGGAUUUCUGUAACGCAAUUUGUGUUUCUCUUCAGGCGCCUUUCUAUCCUCAAGAAGCACAUAAAAAAGGAUGUUCAGCCACCGAAUAUGGUUUAGUCUUCGGUAUAUUCGAAUUCGUAGUAUUUUUGAUAAGCCCUAUAUAUGGACAGCACCUGAAUAAAUUGGGACCAAAACUUAUGUUCAACGGUGGAAUCUACACAACAGGGAUAUGCGCAAUACUUUUUGGGCUCCUCGACAAAGUUGAAGGACAUUAUCCUUUCAUCAUCCUCAGUUUCGUGAUACGAAUAACAGAAGCGCUAGGAAAUGCAGCUUUUCUGACAGCCAGUUUCGCACUUAUUGCCAAAGAAUUUCCCCAAAAUGUAGCGACGACCUUCGCUUCCCUAGAGACAUUUUUUGGACUGGGCCUAAUUGUUGGGCCAACAGUAGGAGGGGCUCUCUAUCAAGUAGGAGGCUACACUCUUCCUUUCGCAGUGAUGGGUUCUGCACUCUUCAUGUCGGCCAUUUUGACCGCGAUAGUUCUUCCAACACAUGAAGACGAAGAAGACAGGGAGGCAAUACCAUCGAUGCUAAACGCUCUGAAAAUUCCCGGAAUCCUACUUUCCGCCAUCAGUAUAAUCGUCACAAGCAUGUCCAUCGGUUUCCUUCAAGCCACUCUUGAAGCUCAUCUCAGGUCGUUCUAUCUGCAACCAGUCAUUCUGGGGCUGAUGUUCAUCAUCAAUGGAGGUGUUUACGCCAUAGUGGCUCCAGGAUUUGGAUGGUUAUGCGACAAGUGCAUCUCCCCAAAAGUUGUUACCAUCAUUGGUACCGUUUUGGUAGCUGCCGGCUUCUGUUUGAUUGGACCUGCGCCCUUCAUACCCGUAGAAACGCAGUUAUGGUUGACUAUGUUGGGUCUGGUUUUACACGGAUUGGGAAUGGCCGCUCAGCUGGUAGCUUCGUUCACUGAUGCUCUGAGGACCAGCAUUACACAUGGCUUCCCGAACAACCUGGAAACCUUCGGCUUGAUUUCCGGCCUAUGGACGAGUACUUUCGCUCUUGGAGCCUUCAUAGGUCCGUCUAUAAGCGGCAUCCUUUUUGACUUCAUUGGCUUCAGAAACUCCACGAUGUUCGUUGUGGUGCUCCACCUCUUCGUAGGGGUUCUAGUCACGAUAUUCCUCUGUUUAGCCAAGACUCGCUCCGCAUACGUGGAAAUCAAAGACGAGAAGGAUCUGGACAACUCCAGCUAUGUGAAAUCAUUGCAGCAGAAUAGCGUAACUGAAAGUAUGAAUAGCAUAUGCUCGCUAGCUAACGGGAUUUCCAUUGAAAAAAGUCGUCCUGCUGGCAUGAACAGCUUAAUCGCAUGCAAUAGCUACAAAUCACAAGCUUGGCCGAAAAAAGAAGCGUCCAGCCUAACUGUCGGACCCUACAGUUAUAGCUACGGAGCCGUCAACCACAGGAAUGGAUCAGCCACUCCCAAUUCGUAUCUACAGGGAGUCGCUUGACCAGGAGAUAGAGACUAAUUUUUCUAAAAAUUUUAUCAAAUUAUGUUUAUCGGAAGCAUAGGAAGACCACUGUGGUCAGAAUGACAUAUUUCUAAAUGGUAACAGAUAGAAAUUGUUUUAUUGGAACAAAGAUUUGUAAUAUAAUAAAAAGCGAUAGUAACAGAGAAGCGAUUUAGAUGAGAACCUUCAUCGGCAAUUUUUUAUCUCAGUUCGAAAUGAGUUUUACUGCCUUCGCUGCUGUAAUUUGCUAUCUAAAUCGAGCAAGCUGUGAUUAGACAUGCUGGGUUAAUUAGUGUUCAUUAUAGUUAUUUCGUCCAUUUCAAUUUAAAACAAUCUGUCUUGUUAUCAUACUUCUUGGCUGUAGAUAUGAAUUACACAAAUAUUUGCUCUUUCUAUCCUUCUGUAAGAUAUAAGACUGUAAUUUUUCAUUUUUAUUUUAUAAUAACGAAACGUUUUAUGCUUAAGUUAUUUAUAUUUUGAAGGCAGAGUUCACCCAAAUACUCGUCUGAUAUAAUGUAUACAUGAAAUGUGACUUAGAAUAAAGAUUACGAAUACAUUUUUCAACUUUA